GACGUCGCGGAGAUUUUCACUCGACGCCGCGUCGUCUGUUGCGGGCGUCUUGCCUUCGCCGCACGUUCACGUCGACGAAAGGGAAGUGACGUGGUGACGCCGACGCGCGCGUUUUAGAGGCUUAAAAGUGGGGGGCAGAAUUGCACGUCGAUCAUGCCACCGGCCGUGGUGGCGUCCUCUGUGACCUUAUCAUCUCCUGCCUUCGGCACCUACUCCAUCUGAAUCUCGACCUAUCGAGUGCGCGUCUCUUAUACGGCGAGUGCCGGCCGGCUAAAGUUAAGGUCACUACACGAAGCCGCCUUUUUGUGUGCCCCGCUCGUCCAACCGAAGUUUAUAGACUGCCCCGAGGGCGACAACCUUCGCAAGCAUGUCGACUUUCUUGGAGAAACGAGUGAUGUAUGGGCACAGCCGGAAGAACAGUGACAGCACCGAGUUCAAGGAGAUGUCCAAGGCGGACGCCCAGGCGCACCUGGCACAGGAGCUUGAGAAGCUCUGCCGCACCGCCAGCGCUGCCGAGCGCGAGACUGUUGAGGCUGAGUUUCGUGGCUUCCAGCGACUCUUUCGCAAGUUUGUCAAGGACACCGGGCCGGCUAUCGUCUGGGACAAAAUCCAGCCCGUGCCCGAAAAUGCGGUCAUCAAGUACGAGACACUGCCAGCGCCAACAGAGGAGGAGGCCAUCCGGUCUAUGCUCAACAAGCUGGUGGUGGUGAAACUGAACGGUGGCCUCGGCACGAGCAUGGGCUGCAAGGGCCCGAAGUCUGUGAUCCCCGUCCGCAAUGACCUCACCUUCCUCGACAUGACUGUGCAGCAGAUUGAGUACCUGAACAAGACAUACAACGCCAACAUGCCGCUGGUGCUCAUGAACUCAUUCAACACUGAUGACGACACGUCCAAGGUUCUCCGCAAGUACAAGGGUUUCAAGGUCAAAAUAUACACCUUCCUCCAAAGCAGAUAUCCAAGGAUAAACAAGGAGACGCUCAUGCCAAUUGUGACCUCGCUGAGCUCACCAUCAGAUGAAGCCUUCUAUCCGCCUGGCCACGGGGACUUCUACGCGUCAUUCUGCCAAUCGGGGCUCAUGGACCACUUCCUGACGGAAGGUCGCGAGUACUGCUUCAUCUCCAACAUUGACAACCUUGGUGCCACAGUAGACCUCAGCAUCCUGAACAUGCUGCUUUCUGCAAGUGGCAGUCAGGCCCCAGACUUUGUCAUGGAAGUCACCGACAAGACAAGAGCCGACGUCAAGGGUGGCACACUCAUCCAGUACGAAAACAAGAUUCGUCUGCUGGAAAUUGCGCAGGUUCCUAAGGAAAACGUUGAUGAAUUUAAGAGUGUAAAGAAAUUCAAGAUCUUCAACACGAACAAUCUCUGGAUGAAGCUGAGCAGCGUUGGCCAGUUGGUGGAGAGCGGUGGCAUCGACAUGGAGGUCAUCAUCAACAACAAGACUUUGGAUUCGGGCAUCAACAUCAUUCAGCUCGAGACGGCAGCUGGAGCAGCUAUGAAGGACUUCCAGAACGCCAUUGGCAUCAACGUGCCGCGCAGUCGUUUCCUCCCGGUUAAGAAGACCUCUGACCUGCUGCUGGUGAUGAGCAACCUAUAUCACAUGAAGUUUGGCACGCUGGUCAUGAGCCCCAAGCGUGCCUUCCCAACCGUGCCCCUCAUCAAGCUGGGCGACAACCACUUCUCCAAGGUGCGAGAUUUCCUGAACCGGUUUGCGAGCAUACCGGACAUUUUGGAACUGGACCACCUGACGGUGUCCGGUGACGUCACUUUUGGCAAGGGUGUUUCCCUCAGGGGCACGGUAAUCAUCAUAGCCAACCAUGGUGACCGGAUCGAUAUACCAGCGUCAGCCGUGCUCGAAAACAAGAUUGUGUCUGGCAACCUGCGCAUCCUGGACCACUAGGCUGGCCGGGGAUGCUCGGAGAACUCUUGCAAUCCUGCAGUUGUCAUGUUGUGCCCAUCUGGUGACCUCUCUACUUGGCUGUGCUGUGACACUUGCUCUCUCCUGUUGUGAAUUGUUUAUCUGGUUUAUACAGUGAUGCCCUUAUCUGUUUUUUUUUUCUCACCCGCUCUAUAGUUGCGUGUCUCCCAAGCUCUUUCACAGAGAUUUAAUGCUGGCAAACCAGUGCAGGAAAUGCAGAAGCCGUACCCGUUUGUAUGGCAAAUGCUGACCUAGCCUCAGAGCGAGCUAGGUAAUGUCUUAAUGGCAUUUAAGGUGAACCAAAGGCAAAUGUGUAAUUGAACAGGUAGCAAUUGAGUGUUGUAGAAGAUUGUUUUCAGUACAUCUCCACGGCAGAUGUCAUGGUCAUAUCAUGGUUCAUUGUGACAUGGUCGAGACAUAGCUGCGUCACGAUUGUGACAUAACCAUGCCACGGUUGUGGUCACGUCACGGUCAUGAUGCACUGUGACUGCUUACUGCAUGGUCGUGUCACAUUUCAUUGCGGCAGUCGUUGCAGACAUCUCAAAGGUGUUGUACAGUCUUGCCGUGCGGCAAAAUUCUCGCAUAGAGAUAUUUUUUACUCUUGACACACGCUGCUAAUGUGUUGCGUGAAAGUGCUUUCAGAGAAGUUUGUCUGCACGUAUGAAUGUUAAUGAUACUAAUUUACGUGAUCGCUACAGGGCGCUGUUCACCUGCUGCAUUGCUUGUGAAGGCAUUACAUCUUGAGUGGUAUUGACCAUCCAUUUUCCUGUAGCUUCCGCACUUGUUCAUGUGCAUUUAAGACUGUUGGCACCCUGAAUUUUACCCAUUGUGCCAUUCCUAUAGCUAGAACUCCUAGUCUGAGCCAAGUUAACACAAAAGAAUGGUGGUUAGUAUGUUGUCAGUCAGUUUCAUUCAGCAGUUUUCAGGAUGCCAUAUUUGAAGGGGCAUUCACAUGUGAGCUUAUUUGACAUCUCAAAACUGAGCUCACGUCUGUGCCAUAGACGAAUGAAAAAGUUGGUUCUCUGAAAAAAAAAAAAAAAGAUUUCUUUACAGGAGUGAGCUUAUUGCAUACACCUUGUGCCAUUUCUUUCAACGACGCUGUAAGCCUUUGAUUUGUGAUAAGUCAUUAAGUCAGCAACAAGUCUAAUCAUUUUUUCUUUCACAUUUUAAGCAACUUGAAAAUCAUAAGCCUGCCUUUGUUCACCUACCAGCAGACUUUGUGUUAUUGAUCAUUGUUACAGAAGUGAUGCCAGGGUUGACUACUGAUGGAACUCUCAUUCAUAUGAAAUCAAUGAAUUCUUGCGUUCUUUGUUUACUAUUACUAUCUGGCUGUAUGGGUUUAUUUAUCUGGGAAACGUAGGAUAUGUUGUACGCUAUUUUUUUUUGUUAAUGGUUUUCGGGGAAGGGAUGAGUUGUAAGAAAAGUUUACUUAUUAUGCGUGAUUACGCGCACAUCUGGUGUUGGCCCCAGGUUGAUGGGGUCUUGGUUAACUCGGAGCAGCAUUAUUUGACAAUUUUCAUGUUUAGCUGUGCGAGUGUUUUAGCGGAUGUUGCCAACAGAAAGGGAUGCAUAGCAAUCCACCAGCUGCGUUGUCAUCGAAGAUGUCUAUGGACUGCAGUUAUGUACAAAGUAGGAAGUUUUGUCUUAGGUCAUGAAAUAAAUUAUUCUUGAAUUCUG